AUGGUCGGCGACUACUUCUUCACCUGUGACAGUAUUUGGCUAGCCGACCAGUUUCGUCAGAAUGUGGAACGAACAGGACAAGUCUAUAUCUAUUACUUCGAUCAACCAUCAAGUGCGAAUCCAUGGCCAAAAUGGACUGGUGUCAUGCAUGGAUAUGAGAUUGAAUAUGUAUUUGGUGUGCCGAUCUAUAAUGAAAGCGCCAAGUACACGAAACGAGAGCAAGUCCUGUCAGAGAAAAUAAUUCAAUAUUGGAGUUCGUUUGCCACGACAGGAAGCCGAGUUGCUGCUUUCGUCAGCCUUCCGAAUGUCGCUGAUUUCGGUUUUACUCGUAUUGAUGCUCUCAUAGCCCAA